GCGUCGCCGCCGCCGCCGCUUCCUCCAGCGGCCGGGCCCCCGUAGAUGCCAAGGAGCAACCCUGCGCCUCUCCCGGCCGGAGCCGGGGCCUGACGGCGGGGAGUCGCGCCCUGUCGGGGGUGGCAGGAGCGGGACCUGGGUUGCCGCACGCGUGACCCGGCCCUUAGCCCGUGCCGGAGCACGCUGUUCCUGAGUUCCUGCACAGGUGAUCAAGACCCUGUCCACCCACCUCUGCCUGCCCCAGUCCAGAAGAGGCCCCUCGUCAGCUCCAGGUCUCUCAUUGCCCCACAAGGCAGAGGUUCCUUCCUCCCUCAGUUCCUAGGGCACCUCUCCAGGGCCAGCAGGGGCAGCCAGCAACCAGCAUGCCAAGGAACCAGGGCUUCUCGGAGCCCGAGUACUCGGCGGAGUACUCUGCCGAGUACUCGGUCAGCUUGCCGUCGGACCCUGAUCGCGGGGUGGGCCGGCCCCACGAGAUCUCCGUGCGCAGCUCGGGCUCCUGCCUCUGCCUGCCGGGUUUCAUGCGGCUGACCUUCGUGCCGGAGUCCUUGGAAAACCUUUACCAAACCUACUUCAAGCGGCAGCGCCACGAGACGCUGCUGGUGCUGGUGGUCUUCGCGGCCCUCUUCGACUGCUACGUGGUGGUCAUGUGCGCCGUGGUCUUCUCCGGCGGUGACAAGCUGGCCCCUCUCGUCGUGGCCGGGGUGGGGCUGCUGGUGGACGUGGUCCUCUUCGUGCUCUGCAAGAAGGGGCUGCUGCCGGACCGGGUCACGCGCAAGGCGGUGCCCUACCUGUUGUGGCUGCUCAUCACCGCCCAGAUCUUCUCCUACCUGGGCCUGAACUUCGCGCGUGCCCACGCGGCCAGCGACACGGUGGGCUGGCAGGCCUUCUUCGUCUUCUCCUUCUUCAUCACGCUGCCCCUCAGCCUCAGUCCCAUCGUGAUCAUUUCCGUGGUCUCCUGUGUGGUACACACGCUCGUCUUAGGGGUCACUGUGGCCCAGCAGCAGCAGGAACGCCUGCAGGGGGUGCAGCUGCUGAGGGAGAUCCUGGCCAAUGUCUUCCUCUACCUGUGCGCCAUCAUCGUGGGUGUCCUGUCCUACUACAUGGCUGACCGCAAGCACCGCAAAGCCUUCCUGGAGGCCCGCCAGUCGCUGGAGGUCAGGAUGAACCUGGAGGAGCAGAGCCAGCAGCAGGAGAACCUCAUGCUCUCCAUCCUGCCCAAGCACGUGGCCGAUGAGAUGCUCAAGGACAUGAAGAAGGACGAGAGCCAGAAGGACCAGCAGCAGUUCAACACCAUGUACAUGUACCGCCACGAGAAUGUCAGCAUCCUCUUCGCAGACAUCGUGGGCUUCACACAGCUGUCCUCCGCCUGCAGCGCCCAGGAGCUUGUGAAGCUGCUCAAUGAGCUCUUUGCGCGCUUUGACAAGCUGGCCGCGAAAUACCACCAGCUACGCAUCAAGAUCCUGGGUGACUGCUACUACUGCAUCUGCGGCCUGCCCGACUACCGGGAGGACCACGCUGUCUGCUCCAUCCUCAUGGGGCUAGCCAUGGUGGAGGCCAUCUCGUACGUGCGGGAAAAGACCAAGACCGGGGUGGACAUGCGCGUAGGGGUGCACACGGGCACCGUGCUGGGGGGUGUCCUGGGUCAGAAGCGCUGGCAGUAUGACGUGUGGUCCACUGAUGUCACUGUGGCCAAUAAGAUGGAAGCCGGUGGCAUCCCUGGGCGUGUGCAUAUCUCCCAGAGUACCCUGGACUGUCUGAAGGGAGAGUUCGACGUGGAGCCAGGCGACGGGGGCAGCCGCUGUGACUACCUGGAGGAGAAGGGCAUUGAGACCUACCUCAUCAUCGCCUCCAAGCCUGAGGUGAAGAAGACAGCCGCCCAAAACGGCCUUAAUGGCUCGGCACUGCCCAAUGGGGCCCCGGCUUCCCCACAGCCCAGCUCCCCUGCCCUCAUCGAGACCAAGGAGCCCAGUGGGAGCGGCCAUGCCAGCGGCUCCACGUCGGAGGAGCCUGAGCAACAGGAGGCGCAGGCUGACAACCCCUCAUUCCCCAACCCUCGCCGAAGGCUGCGCCUUCAGGACCUGGCUGACCGUGUGGUGGACGCCUCUGAGGACGAACACGAGCUCAACCAGCUGCUCAAUGAGGCCCUGCUGGAGCGCGAAUCGGCACAGGUGGUCAAGAAGAGAAACACUUUCCUGCUAACCAUGAGGUUCAUGGACCCCGAGCUGGAGUCCCGCUACUCGGAGGAAAAGGAGAAGCAGAGUGGGGCCGCCUUCAGCUGCUCCUGCGUGGUGCUGCUGUGCACAGCCCUUGUGGAAAUCCUCAUUGACCCCUGGCUGAUGACAAAUUAUGUGACCUUCGUGGUGGGGGAGAUCCUGCUCCUGUUGCUGACCAUCUGCUCGCUGGCUGCCAUCUUCCCCCGGGCCUUCCCGAAGAAGCUUGUGGCCUUUUCCACGUGGAUCGACCAGACCCGUUGGGCCAGGAAUACCUGGGCCAUGUUGGCCAUCUUCAUCUUGGUGAUGGCGAAUGUCGUGGACAUGCUCAGCUGUCUGCAGUACUAUGCGCUACCUGGCAACAGCACGGUGGCACUAGAGUCGGAGGGCGGCUGCCUGCAGAACCCCAAGUACUACAGCUAUGUGGCCGUGCUGUCCCUCGUGGCCACCAUCAUGCUGGUGCAGGUCAGCCACAUGGUGAAGCUCACGCUCAUGCUGCUCAUCACGGGCACCGUGGCUGCCAUCAACCUGACUGCCUGGAGCCCUGUCUUUGAUGAGUACGACCACAGGCGCUUUCAGGAGCACAGCUUUCCCCUGGUGGCCUUGGAGAAGAUGCAGGUGUUUGCCACUUCUGGGCUCAAUGGUACUGACAGGCUGCCCCUGAUGCCCUCCAAAUACUCCAUGACAGCAAUGGUGUUGGUCAUGAUGCUCAGCUUUUACUACUUCUCCCGACACGUGGAAAAGCUAGCGCGGACCCUGUUCCUGUGGAAGAUGGAAGUCCAUGACCAGAAGGAACGUGUGAACGAGAUGCGACGCUGGAACGAGGCCUUGGUCACCAACAUGCUGCCCGAGCACGUGGCGCGCCACUUCCUGGGGUCCAAGAAGAGGGAUGAGGAGCUGUACAGCCAGUCAUAUGACGAGAUCGGGGUUAUGUUCGCCUCGCUGCCCAACUUUGCUGACUUCUACACCGAGGAGAGCAUCAACAACGGUGGCAUUGAGUGCCUGCGCUUCCUCAAUGAGAUCAUCUCUGACUUUGACUCCCUCUUGGACAAUCCCAAAUUUCGGGUCAUCACCAAGAUCAAAACCAUUGGCAGCACCUAUAUGGCGGCUUCAGGAGUCACGCCAGAUGUCAACACCAAUGGCUUCACUAGCUCCAAUAAGGAAGAAAAGUCAGACAAGGAGCGCUGGCAGCACCUGGCCGACCUGGCCGACUUUGCUCUCGCCAUGAAGGAUACACUGACCAACAUCAACAAUCAGUCCUUCAACAACUUCAUGCUGCGUAUAGGCAUGAACAAAGGAGGAGUCCUGGCUGGGGUCAUCGGAGCCCGGAAGCCUCACUACGACAUCUGGGGCAACACGGUUAAUGUGGCCAGCAGAAUGGAGUCCACAGGGGUCAUGGGCAACAUUCAGGUGGUGGAAGAAACACAAGCCAUCCUGCGAGAGUAUGGCUUCCGCUUUGUGAGGAGGGGCCCCAUCUUUGUGAAGGGCAAAGGGGAGCUGCUGACGUUCUUCCUCAAGGGGCGGGACAAGCCAGCGGCCUACCCUAAUGGCUCUUCGGUGACACUGCCCCACCAGGUGGUAGACAACCCCUGAAGAGCUGCAGGCCGGCCAGUCCAGAAGGGAGGGGAGGACCUGUGCUCGGGCCGCGAGGCAGCCUGGAACCUGGGACCGACAGCUGCCGGGCCACAGCGUGCCCACUCCAUAGACUCUAGGUUGAACUCUCUCCAGCCUUCAUCUGUUGGUGGCCGCGUGGUCUCCGAGUGUGCCUGUAGCUGCCCCAGCGUAGGGGUCAGGGGCGUGUAGUCCUGGGGCGAAGCCCGCCACCCUCCAAGAGGGCUUACCUGGAGAUGAUGCGAGGCAGGCUGGGGGGAGCUCGUCCUGUUGUUCCUGAUAAUCUUGAAAGGUUCUUCUGGAACCCUGUCACCUUAGUCACGAGCGCAGAAAGUGCAAUAUUUCCUUUCACCUGGUCGGGGAGGGGGUAAUUUCUGAAAGAAAAAAUCUAUGAACAGAUCUUCUACAUUUAUAUUUUUAACCUUCUGUUAACACACACUU